GAGUUUGGAUUAUCUUCAAAUAAAGAAUGGCACAGAGCAACUGGUUUUAAAUCGAGACGAUGCUGCAGGGUUUAGAUUAGAUACAACUUUUACGCAUAAGCAGCACAAGGGCGUUCAGCUGUUGGACAGCCAUGAUCUAACCUCUAGAACUGACUACAUGAACAAGUAUACUUCCGUUUUGCAAACGUCAUCGUAUCUUUUUCCGUCAACGUCGUCAACUCCUCCAACGUGUAUUGGUGUAGUUAAGCCUCAUGUAAUUUUUGAGAAGAAUCCAAGUCAACAUAUGGCAGAUCUUAACAUGCUGGAAAAACAAGAACAGAACACAGCAGUGUUUAACCGAUUGUCUGACGGUCAACGAAAAGAUAUAUGGUACGUUCGCGUUGAUGGAAGCAGUGAUGAAGGCCCUGUACACAAAGAAGUACAAUUCCUGUGGACGGAAAAACAUAUCAUGGACAAUCACUCAUGCACUGUGGUGACAACAAGGCAUUCGGGUGGAUCCUAUCUCAACUCUGUGGAACUAAUGAAUGGUUGCCUCUCUGUGGCACACAGCAAUUGCUUUAUACCGUCAACACUUGGUGGACCAGUUGAAGAUGAAAAUGGGAUAAAUACCGAACAACUCAAAC